UUUAUACUAUCUUCUUCGCUGGAAAGUAUUGAAACGCGGCCUUGGGGAUCGCCCAAAUCGUCGCUUCGCAUUACGGCAAUAUUGUGCUCAUGCUGAGUUAAGCAAGCCGCCAUUAUUGCGCGUUCCACUUCACCAAAGAAUUUCUCUGUGCUUUCUUGAAUCUUCUCUUGGAACAGCAGUAGCAGAAGAGCAGAUCUCAAACCGAACCGCAGUCUUCUUUUCUUCACUCGAUUUCGUCCACCAAGUUGGUUCCUUAGAAGGCUGUGGUUGUUGAUUGGUAGCCUGCUUAAGGAAUGGGGCCUAUAUACUACAUCCUUGUUGCAUUACCUUGUACUGUUGGUGCCAUUGCCCUGGCUAUUUUCCACAUAUAUCGGCACCUCUUGAAUUACACUGAACCUACGUAUCAGAGAUAUAUUGUGCGGAUCAUAUUUAUGGUUCCCGUUUAUGCGCUGAUGUCUUUUCUGUCACUUGUUCUGGACAAGAAUGCAAUAUAUUUUAAUUCCAUACGCGAAAUAUAUGAAGCCUGGGUUAUAUAUAAUUUCCUAUCACUGUGCUUGGCAUGGGUAGGUGGUCCAGGAGCUGUUGUGCUAAAUUUGAGUGGUCGAGUUCUAAAGCCUAAUUGUUGUCUCAUGACAUGUUGCUUUCCUCCAAUUCCAUUGGAUGGGCGCUUCAUACGGAGGUGUAAGCAGGGGUGUUUACAGUUUGUAAUCCUCAAGCCCAUCUUAGUUGCGGUUACAUUUGUACUAUAUGCAAAAGGAAAAUACGAGGAUGGAAAUUUCAAUCCAAGGCAGUCGUACCUCUAUCUCACCAUUAUCUAUACCAUCUCAUACUCGGUGGCUCUAUAUGCAUUGCUAUUGUUUUACGUAGCAUGCAGAGAUUUACUUCAGCCAUAUAAUCCUGUUCCGAAGUUCGUCAUGAUCAAGUCCGUAGUUUUUCUUACGUACUGGCAGGGUGUUCUGGUUUUUCUUGCUGCAAAGUCUGGAUUUAUCAAGGAUACAGAAGAAGCUGCAAAGUUUCAAGAUUUCAUAAUUUGCGUUGAGAUGCUUAUUGCAGCUUGUGGCCACCUUUAUGCUUUUCCAUACAAGGAAUAUGCGGGAGCAAAUAUCGGCGCUUCUGGUGGCUUUAGCUCAAGCCUUGCUCAUGCUCUUAAACUAAACGACUUCUACCAUGACACCGUGCAUCAGUUUGCACCUACUUAUCAUGAUUAUGUACUAUACAACCAUAGCGAGGGCGAAGAAGGAUCAAAGAAGUACCGGGCACGGACUUUUGUCCCGACAGGUAUAGAGAUGGACUCGGUUAGAAGAAACCAGCAGCAUAUGUUUGGGAAUAAGUUGGAAGAUGUUCAGUUGCCGAGUGUCUCAUCUUCUGGCAGCUGUAGCCCCCAAAAUGCAGACGCUGCUGCCAUGGAUACAGCAAAAACCGAGACAAUAAACUCUUCGUUCAUUAUAGAUGCAUCAAACACAAACUCUCUCCCGUAUGAUCUGUCAGACAUCGAUAUUGAACUGUCUAACUACCCAACAAAGGUACCUUCAGCAACCGAAACUGGGGUGAGGUGACAACGACUUGCAUUACCUGUCUACUAGCUCGAUUUAAUGUGCCAGUUGUGUUAUUUGUUCUAUCGUUCAGCGGCUAACUUAGUGUGUACAUGUAGCCAGCCAUAUAGGCGAUCAUAAUUCCUUUGUUCUCCUUUUUGUUGUCGAUAUUCUUUGUCUGUGAUGUAAAUACUAAAUAGAGGGAACCUGAAUCAUGUUUCCCAAUAUAUGAAACAUGAAAAUUGUAGAUUUGAAAGUGACUUGGGAUGGAUGGUGUUGACUGGACAUGAUUUGGAUUCUUG